UAUAACCUAUAAAAUAAUCUCUUUUUGAUUUGAUUGAUUUUAUGUAGCCUAUGUAGGCUACUGUAUAAUCUGUUCUGUAAAUAGUGUAUGUCGUGAUUGAUUGAUUGAUGCAAAAUGUUGGAUAUGGAUACAUACAAGCGGUAAACAAGAUCAUGGAUUAGGUCAACCUUUAUUGUAGAAUCAAUUUUGUUUUACUUUUGGGAGAAGGCCUUAAUUAUCAAAUUAUCGUAAUGAAGAAUAAAAUAGGUGAAACUGCGGAUCUUACAAUGGAUAAACUUGUACCCAGAUUAAAGGAGCCAACAAAGCGAGCCAAACAGGCACUUAGGAACAUGCUUGAAAAAAAUCUAAAGCGCUUAACAGAUCAAGUUGAACAAAUCAUAUCUGAAGAGAAAAAAUCUGCAUUGCUAAAGAAAAAAGAAAGAGUAUCCAAAGACCUAGAUGUAUUGAAGGUUUUGAAAGAUGAUGAAAUUAUUAGAUUUGCACUUUUAAUGUCCAACAAGAUAAUGUCAUUGGCAUCAAAUAUUAGGGUUCCAAGAGAAGAGAGAAUGAAGGCUCGAGUGGCUGCUCACAAACCUCUUUCAACUCAUCUUCGCAAGUUGAAUCAGAAACUGACCAAGGCUAAAGAACCAAAAUCUGGGUCUGAAAGUGAAGAUGAACAAGAAUCUGGUGGUUCUACUUUGAACAAAUUCACGUUUAACAAUAAAAUUGUUUCAAUGAGAAAGGAUGUCAGAAGAGCCAAGGUGCACGUCAUUCACAAACUAACAAGAAACAUAAAGAAAUUACGUGAAAUCAAAGGAGAAGAAGACAAGAUAGCCAAGUUUCAAAACAAAGCAGAAAGAUUACAUAAAAAAGUUGUUCAUAUUAAGGAGCUGCAUGAAGACGAGAUUUCCAAAUUCGCUCUCUCAACAACACAAAAUGUAAAUCAACUAGCAUUUGAUAUAAAAGCACCAACAAUAUCUCAAGCAUUGGCUACUGUUGCAAUUUACAAGUAUGUAGCUGCACAUGUUUCCAGCUUCAAAUCACAGUAUCCUGAAUGGGAAAAGAUUGUACCAAACCUUUUGAAAAAGAAACGCAAGAAACGGAAGUUGAAUCUAGAAACAAAAGAUAGGAAGGAAUCUAGCGAACUGUUACAAUCAAAUGCUGAAAGUGAUGGUGAAAAUUCCGGAAGUGAGGCUAGUGAAGAUUCUGAAAGUGCAUCUGAGGUUUCAGAUGAUGAAAACAACGCAGACAGUGGUUCUUCAGAAAAUGGCGAAGAAGAGGAAUCUGAAGAUGACAUCAACAGAAUGUCUAUGGAAGAAAAAGAUGAAGAUGAAUCUGAAUCAGAUGAGGAAAUGUCAGAAACUAGUUUAAAGAAAGUUGUCCAACAAAAGAGGAAACAUUUAAAAGAACCUGACAAAGUCACAGACAGUUCCAGUUUAAAGACUAAACAAGCUAGUAAUGCAAGUAAAUCCAAGAAACUAAUAAACAAUGCAAAUCUUAGCUCAACACAUGUUAAGCCUAAACCUGUAGAAAAUCUAACUAAAGUUGUAGACCCAUUUUUUAUGACAACCACAAACCAAGAGUAUGAAACAAGUCAAGUUCCACUCUCUAACGAAAACACUUCUUCAUAUAAAAAAUCUGGUUUUGAGGAGAAGCAUUUUAGAAAGUUUGAUAAUAUCGACUCUGAUAGGAAAUGGGAAAGAACAAAUAACGAUAGGAAAUUCUCUAAAAUGGCAAACACAGCUCCAUAUACAAAAUCAAAUCCAAGUCCUUCCAAUAAGUAUCCUGCUGGUACCAAAAGAGAAAAAAUUGUUUUUGGGAAUCGGAAAGAGAGAAGAAAAGCUUUACUCCAGCCUCCAGUUGAAGAAAAAGUUGAAAAACUCCAUCCCUCCUGGGAAGCAAAGAAAAAACAAUCAGCCAUCAUUCCCUUCCAAGGAAAGAAAGUUACUUUUGAUUGAUCUAGUCUUAGUUUCUUCAAUAUAAAUAUUUUUCACUUCUAUGA